AUGCCUCCAACCUCAGUCCACAUCGAUCGUGAGUCUUGGCGGCUUAGCUGCUGACCUCCUUUGCAGUCCGAUUGAUUGACAGCUACUUCAAUCCUUCAGUCUUUGAGCCCGUCAUCUUCCUGCGAGGACAGUCUGCCGUUGGAGAGGGUGCGCAUUGCAAGCGGAGAUUUCAAUCUUGUCACUAGACUGACUUGACACAAGCUCCCCCCAUGCGCUCAUUCUUCAGAUGCUCGGGGAAGACGACGUGCAGUGGACUUCGAUGCCCCGCCGUCUCAGCUGCGGGGUCUGUUGACACUUCACCUCGCCAAGUCAAGUCGCAUCAAGGACAUUUCUGUCGAGCUGAGAGGAGUCGGGCGCACGGACUGGCCAGAGGGUAAGCUGCUCAGAGUAGCGCAUACAUAAGCUGAGACACUGACUUGGCACCAUUUUCAAUUCCUAGGCAUCGGACAUAACAGGCUAGAGCUCGGCGAAGAAUCUUGCUUGAUCAAGCAAGGCGUGUCUUUGUUCGAUGCGCGCCUCGACCCUACACCCCGGAGACGAGCUAAUAGCAUUGGCCCAGGCGUCGCGUGCGACUCUUCCGAGGGCUGGUCUCUGGGCGCGUACUACGACCCAGACCGAGCGUCUUCCAGUAACCCAACGACACCUCGAGCGCGGGGAGAGGGUAGCCACAAAAAUCACAACUCGAACGGCGCGCCUAGCGAAAGCGGACUCGCUAAGGUGGCUCAAGUUGCAGCGAGAGCCGGCACUUCCUUGCUACCGCCCACCGUUGUCAAGGAGCUGCAGCUUACAGCCAAGCCGAAGAAAGCAAACGCACCCAGUCCACAUCGUCCUCACUUUGGAAGGAGCGGCAGUGCAGGAGGGGUGAACCUGCAACGCACCCAAGCUGCACCAUCCUCCAGGCCGGGCAGCGCCAAUGGUCGCUCUCUCGACCCUUCUCCUGGUCCCUCACAACCCUCGACACAUCGCUCUCUUGGCCCUCCGCCGUCGUAUGAGCAAUACAUUUCCAGUGCUCCUGCGACGCAGUCGCCCCUAGCUGUUCGCGCCGCCGACGCCUCGGACACGACACAGAUUAGGUGCGACCGAGAGGGCGCUGCAGAUACUGGCGUCGCGUCAAGGUCAGGACAGCGCUCUAUACUGCAUCCUGCCGGGAGACAGGAACGUGCAGAGCGUUCUUCAACUCAUGUGGGCCCUGGAGUCCGAUUUGGACCGGCUCAGGAAGCGCGCCCUCCCGCAGAUUCGCAGAGCGCGUUGGGAGCUCCUUCUGGCUACCUUGCGUCCUCGCCGCUAGGCUCAGUUGGUGCUGCAAAUACGGCAACGAACUCCACCAAUUCCACGCCCUCCCGUCCAACAUCUCCUUCACCAAGAGUAGCCUCGAGCUCUUCGACACUGUUGUCGGCUCCGAACAGUCGUCGUGCAAGUGUGGAUGGAUUGCACGCCGCUUCCAAAGCGAGCAGCCCCGGCGCUCCCGCUCGGAGCCGCAAAAGUGGCAUCAAGGGACUUCUGGGUGGCCUUCUGAAGGAAGCCGACAAAGACAAGGAGCGUGGCAAGGAGCUGUCCGAAGUUAGAGAUCCUGGGCAUGAUUGGAAUGAGGCACCUAGCGAGUGGAAGGAGUUCAAAAAGGGCACGUAUACGUACGCCAUCUCGCUACCUCUCCCGGCCGCUUUACCUCCUACUCUUCAUGCCGACUUUGGCUCCAAUGUCUACACGCUGAGAGGUCACGUCACGCGCGCGGGCCCGUUGACACCCAACCUCAGCGACGAACGCGAGGUGGUCUUGGUGCACGCUCCGGACGAGAAUGCGAACGAGGAAAACGAGAGCAUCGUCGUGGAGCGCACUUGGGAAGACUCGCUUGGAUAUGCUGCAGUAGUGUCCGGUCGAAGCUUUCCAGUAGGAGCCAAGAUUCCAGUCUGGUUCCGAUUGGUAGCGCUCGACAAGGUCCGCAUACAUCGAAUCGUGGCGACGCUAGAAGAAAGGGUGAGUCUGCAUCUCGAAUGCUUGACAGUGUGGUCCGAGGCUCAUUCAGGCACCGAACCUUCUCCUUCCCGUUUCCCUCCUACAGACUGAUUACUACGCCAAGGGAAGGCGUGUGGCUCGGCACGAAGUGCCCCGAAGAUGGACUAUGCUCAAGCUCACCCCUCCUGAAGGCCAUGCGGCUCUGCUUCCGGUGAUAUCUGACGAGCCAGAUGCUCUAGAUUCGCAUCCGCUUACCCCUUACGCUGAAGCGGCGACGCACACAUGGCCAGAAGCGGAUAGAGAGAUGCGAGCCAGCAGCUCUCUCAAUCUGCUAGACCCUCAGGGACCCUGGGAGCUUGCGGCUGAGCUUCAAACGCCUACCUGCCCGCCCGCACGAAUCAACAUGAGCACCAAUCACAAGAAGAGCAACAUUGCCGUGCACCACGCCGUCAAGCUCUCCAUACGAGUUGAGAAGCUGAAGAAUUCCACUGCGCUGUCGAAGGGCAAGCCUCAAUUGUUCGAUAUCAACAUCGAGUGCCCGAUCGCGCUGACUCAUAGCCACACUGCACAUGCAUGGCUCAGCUUACCCGACUAUUGGAGCCUGCCUCCUGGUGACACUUCGCUGCUGAGAGGUCCCCCUAUGGCUCCUACGGGCUCUGAAACGUCUACACCGUUGCUCGCGUCAUCAGCGCCACGAGACACAUAUGGUGUGCGUGACGGCUACGCCGUUGAGGCACGCCCGGGGCAACGCGAGCUCAACGGCACACCGAGUGAAGACACCACGCUCAUGUCAGCUGAAGCCAGAGACCAGUUGAGGCACGCUCGCGAGAGACUGAGCAGCAAUGCGCGAGAUGUAGACCACGCAAGCUCUUCUGCCCGAAGUCCUUCCCAUCAGUCGGGCCUUCAGUGGCUUGCAUUAAGCAGCGAAGCGCCUGUGCUUGCUCGGCCGCUCUCCCCUCCUUCCGGUUCCCCAGCUGCAGCUGUGUCGGGACUCAACAGCGUCUCAUCACAAGCGUCCGACCGCUUGAUUCAUCAAUCGCUGCGUUCAUCGCACCGCAUCGCUUCUGAUCCUGGCGUGUUCUGGGAUGAGCCGCCUGCGUAUCCCGCUUCUUCCUGA